GGAGCCGUCUGGCUGCUGCUGGAAGGGAGACGAGACCCCAGGGCCGCCCCCAGCGGUCCAGGCAGUGGGGCCGCGGCGGCUUCGCGGGCUCUUUUGUCACCAAAUCCCAUCGGGAGGCAAUUUUCCCCUCGGAAAAACGGGCUCUUCCCGGAGCCGCCUGUUUGCGGGGACCCCGGUGGCGCCAAAGUCUCUGGAAUUGGCUGCGCGGAAGGACAGGGAGAAGGGAAUCCUGCUCCAGGCUUAGCGUCUAAGUUGAUAGCUUGGAUGAGUCUGGAUGAGUUGAGACAUGCAAGACGCCUUUAUCUGACCUGGAAAGGAGGAAAAAAAAAGUGAUCUGCAGCAAUGAUAGAUCCUCUGGAGAACAACUUGUUUGAUCUUCCUGAUUAUGAGAAUACGGAMGAUGAAAGAUUUCCACCUCUUCCACCUCCUACCUCUCCAGGAAAAGAUGAUACUGAAUGGGCUGUAGCUAAUGGAGAACCAGAUGAUAACCAGCAGUCCCAAACGAAGGACAAGGAUUCUUCUGCGCCUGUACGGAGAGCAGUUAGAAGACCAAUACCCAAGCUAGAUGCCCAAAGGUUGAUUUCUGAAAGAGGACUUCCUGCCUUAAGACACAUGUUUGACAACACAAAAUUCAAGGGUAAGGGGCACGAGGCAGAGGACCUGAAGACGCUUAUGCGACAUAUGGAACAUUGGGCUCAUAGAUUAUAUCCAAAAUUGCAGUUUGAUGAUUUUAUUGACAGAGUAGAGUCUUUGGGAAACAAAAAGGAAGUUCAGACUUGUCUAAAGCGGAUUAGACUUGAUCUUCCUAUUUUGCAUGAAGACUACAAAAAUAAUGAAGAUGGUGGAGGGGAAAGCAAUGGGCUGGAUGCAGCGACUGACGACCUACCUGCUGGUCCCGCAGAUGUAGGAGAACUGGAGUCUCCCUCUAGUACAGCCCUCACAGAAGAGCAACAAGAGCGAAUCAGAAAGAACAAGCAACUGGCCUUGGAACGGAGACAAGCAAAGUUGCGGUGUAGCAGCCAGUCUCAACAAAGUGAACACUCUGCUGAUUACCGAGAAGAAGGGUUUAAUACCAUGAAUGCUGAGAAUCUGGAUGACCUUAUAGAGGACCCUGAAGUUAUUGCAACCAAGUUUGCUGUUGCAGAUGCUGAGGACAGAGAUACAGAAUUGGAAUCUACCAGUGAAAAGCAAAAACCUUUCCCCGUACUUUGAAGGACUUUCUUAACACAGAGAUUCUCAACACUGUAUCACUGUACGCAACUGUCACCAGCUAUUUCCAAUCUGACUCUGCAAGCUGCAGGGAAAUCUUAAUCCUGAUGUCUGUACAGUGGGACAGAACUUGUUUUUCUUGAAAAUGAGUAGCUCUGUACAUUGGCAAAUGGAAUAGAAAUACGUCAGACACGCGAGAGCUUUAGCAGUGCUGGACUUGGGGCAGCGUCGCUCAUGGAAGGUUUUUUGAUCUGCUUUGAAUCUUUUUCUACUGCUGUGAAAAUGACUUAGCUGUGCCAUUGACAGAUCAGAUUUAUAUUAAAGGGUUUUAAA